UGAGUGAACAAUACAGGUAAAGUUUUGUUUUUUGAGACACCACUGCACUUCUUUUGUUAAUUUUUUUUGGUUGUGAAUGACUCUAAAACUAAGAAUUCCCUAAAAGCUUCGAUUCAAUAGGACGAUCUCUUCUGAGAAAUGGUGAAUAAUGCAAUAUCAUGUUAUACAAAUCCGAUUUUUCAUAUUGGUCAUCUAAAGCUUGAGUCUUUCCUAUGGAACAUGAUCAUUCGUGCCAAGAACCCACGACAUUCUCCAAUCUCUGUCUACCUCCGUAUGCGCCGCCAUUGCGUCAGUCCCGAUUUUCAUACUUUCCCGUUUCUUCUCCCUUCUUUUCACCAUCCCACUCAUCUUCCUCUUGGACAACGAACCCAUGCUCAGAUUCUUCUUUUCGGGCUUCACUCUGACCCCUUUGUCCGCACUUCUCUGCUCAAUAUGUAUUCUUCCUGUGGCGACUUGGCCUCUGCUCACCGCGUCUUCGAUGAGUCUGUCGCUAAGGAUUUACCGGCCUGGAACUCGGUGGUUAACGCCUAUGCCAAAGCCGGUUUGAUCCAUGUUGCCCGUAAACUGUUCGACGAAAUGCCUGAAAGAAACGUGAUUUCCUGGAGCUCCUUGAUGAGUGGGUACGUUACGUGCGGGAGGAACAGAGAAGCGCUCGACUUGUUCCGAGAGAUGCAAUCACCUAAACCAAACCAAGCUUUCGUCAGACCCAACGAGUUCACAAUGUCCACUCUCCUCUCUGCCUGUGGCCGAUUGGGCGCGCUCGAGCAAGGGAAAUGGGUUCAUGCUUACAUCGACAAAUACAAACUCGAGAUUGACAUUGUCUUAGGCACAGCUCUCAUUGAUAUGUACGCCAAAUGUGGGAGCCUCGAGAGAGCAAGACGGGUUUUCAAUGCCUUGGGAUCCAAGAAAGACGUCAAAGCUUACAGUGCUAUGAUAUGUUGCUUAGCAAUGUACGGCCUCACAGAAGAGUGCUUCCAACUCUUCUCUGAGAUGACUAGUAGGAACAAGAUAAACCCAAAUUCGGUGACAUUCGUGGGCGUUCUCGGUGCUUGUGUACAUCGUGGUCUGAUAGAACAAGGAAAAUCAUACUUUGCAAUGAUGAAUGAGAAAUUCGGUAUCACUCCGUCAAUCCAGCAUUAUGGAUGCAUGGUUGAUCUCUACGGAAGAGCUGGUUUAAUCGAAGAAGCAGAGAGCCUUAUAGCGUCUAUGCCUAUGGAGCCUGAUGUACUCAUCUGGGGGUCUCUCUUAAGCGGAUCGAGAAUGCUUGGGGAUAUCAAGACUUGUGAAGCUGCCCUCAAGCGACUCAUCGAGCUAGAUCCCAUGAACAGCGGAGCCUAUGUGCUUCUGUCAAACGUAUAUGCCAAAACUGGGAGGUGGAUGGAAGUUAAGCGUAUCAGACACGAUAUGGAGGUAAAAGGUAUUAAGAAAGUUCCGGGAUGCAGCUCUGUUGAAGUAGAUGGCGUGAUUCACGAGUUUGUUGCAGGAGACGAGUCUCAAGACGACAGCGAAAAGAUUUACGCUAUGCUCGAUGAGAUAAUGCAGAGGCUGAGAGAAGCUGGCUAUGUUUCCGAUACCAAAGAGGUUUUACUUGAUCUUGACGAGGAAGGUAGAAUGGUGGUUUUGUCCUACCACAGUGAGAAACUGGCGAUUGCCUUUUGUCUGAUGAGGACGAGGCCUGGAACUCCGGUGAGGAUCAUCAAGAACCUAAGAAUCUGUGGAGAUUGUCAUCUUGUAAUGAAGAUGAUCUCGAACCUAUAUGGUAGAGAGAUCGUUGUAAGAGAUUGUAAUAGAUUUCAUCACUUUAGAGACGGAUCUUGCUCUUGCAGAGAUUAUUGGUGAUAUAUGUAGUUGCGGAC